GUAGCUCCAAAGAAGAUAUCGGCGAAGGCAUCGUCGUCUAGCAUACCCAAGACUGCUAGCAAGACAUCACCUCUGGAGCUAGAUCCGCAAAGGGACCUUGCAGACGAUGAGGAAGAGCUAGGAGAGGAAGAGCAGGAAAAGGGUACGGUUACUCCGAAACCGAGCCGUAAACGGAGUCGAUCUCAAACCGAUCAGCUACCGAUACUGACACCACCUACGAUGACCGGUUCGAAGGCAUAUGAUCCUCUAAGAGUAUGGAGUAGUCCACUCCUAGAGACCAGUCCAGAAACUCUUGCCUACCGGGAACGACGAGCUGCAAACCGUGACCGUAUUUUAGGCAAGAUUGACGAAUAUAGAAGGCCCAUUGAGAAGGACGUACAUAGGAACAUCAUCUCCAAGCCACCUCCUAGAACUAGGAACUCUCCUACGCAGCCAACUGCACGGCAACAGCUUUAUACCGCCAUAGACACGUUUCAGGCCGAGAGGAUUCCCGAUUACAAGAUUCGUAUCCAGCUUCGCGUCCAUGUUAACGGCAGGCGUCACUACGAUGCCACCCUAGAUACAGUGAGGCGUAACAAUUUCGAGAUCACAGACGUAGAGGACGAGGUACUAGCGAACCUAGGUAGCCCUCUAAAGGACGAAAACUGGAGAUACGAGAAGAUUGUUGUUACCGUUCGCGUACCAACUAGCCGGAUGACAAACCCCAUGCACACGUUUACGGAGUUUGGCGAGGCUAUUCGGAUGAAGUUCCUUUCGAUGGCUGAUAGCGUGAUAAACACGAAGACAUCAAUUCUUAUAGUCGUUACUCCGGUCUUUGAGGUGCGUAUCGUAUGCGUGCCGACCUUACAAAGAAGAGAGGUCCGGAUCCAAACUCUACGCCUGCCUAUGGCGAGACUUCGCGGAAUAUUAACCCUAAAGAACAAUAGAAAGCUCGAAUGGAGAACAUUGCAAGCGCAGGGGGUCGCUAAGAAACAGCUCACUAACCAAUGGCUCUGCUCCGACCCCAAGUGUGUUAACAGAUUGAGCUUUUGCUACGUCGAUCCCCACGACGGCCUGCAUUAUAAUAUUCCUGCGAUGGUUCAGAAGACUUGGGCAAAUCAGAUCGUAGCUGGAGAUGCUACCGUGGGUCCAAUCGCGGCUGGCGCUCGGCGGACUAAACCGACGUCGGCACAACGCGUACAGAGCAAUAUGGAGGGGAUGAUAGGCGGUAUAGCCGGCGGGUUAAGGGACUAUAUGGAGAACCGAGCCCGUCGUGAGGAGCGACAAAUGGAGAAGGAUGAGGAGCGUGAUGAGCAGAGACACCUACUCCGGAGUAUAAGUAUGCCCAUUCCUCCUGGUAGUGUCUAUCCGACCGCAAUGCCGGGAAUACCGCCUGUAUUUCCCCAUUCAAUACCGGUUCCUAUGGUUAACCCAACCAUUAGCAACCCAUAUGCGCCGUUCCCUCCCGCAGUACCAAUAGAUGCCCCCGUUCCGUCUAUAACAGGACUUUCCCCUACCCCUGUCCCUGGUCAAGCGCAACCGCAACUACGUGCUCAACCGCUUGGGUCUCCGGCUCCCAUGAUGCCUCCCCCGGCUGCCUAUCCUCAUAUAAUCACAAAGACAAAGAACCCGGCCAGGGCAUUGAAACUUGAGCACAUUCGCGACAUUAUCGAUGACCAAGAUUGGUCGGUUAACGAUGUAAAGGCGAUGGCAGAUCCUUCUUCGUUUAUGUAUAGGCAGGCGAGAGAUAUGGGCAUUAGCGAUGGGAUAGCACGCAGUGUGAUGGAUCAGAGAUUCCUCCUUCAUAGCAACAAUUCAAUGUUUGCCUCACGAUUGGAGAUUCCCGACA